UGAAGAUUAAGAUACACACAACAAUCUGUAAGUGCGUCAGAAUUUUCGGAAUCGACGGUUCGCUGGAAGCCGCCGAAUAAACAAUUAAACAAUUAAAUGUCCGUGCACAACAUAGAUGCUAUCGUGCAGUAGGACAGAUAGCCCGUAGUAAAUAGCUAAACAUUGUGAUCCCAACCGAUCCGUCCGGUAUUCAGCAUGUCGGAUCUGCGUCUGCGAAACACAUCGGAGGCUGUUGCAGUUCUAGCUUCUUUGGGGCUAGGACUGGUUUUGCUUGCGUUCGUCGCCACCACGCCGUCGACCGUGGAAGCCACCCAGUCGGGGAUUUAUAUAGACAAUGGCAAGGAUCAAACGAUCAUGCACCGAGUGCUGAGCGAAGACGAUAAGUUGGAUGUGUCGUAUGAGAUUCUGGAGUUUCUCGGCAUUGCCGAGCGUCCCGCUCAUCUGAGCAGCCAUCAGUUGUCGCUGAGAAAGUCGGCGCCGAAGUUUUUGUUAGAUGUUUACCACCGCAUCACGGCGGAGGAGGGCUUGGCCAACGAUCAUGGUCAUCACGAUGGUGAUGAUGACGACGAGGAUUCAUAUGAGCGGAGUCAUCGCUCUCGGAGAAGUGCUGAUCUCGAGGAGGAGGAUGAAAGCGAAGAGCAAAAGAACUUCAUUACCGACCUGGACAAGCGUGCCAUAGACGAGAGCGACAUCAUCAUGACCUUCUUGAACAAGCGCAACCACAACAUGGAAGAGCUGCGCCACGAGCACGGCCGUCGUCUGUGGUUUGAUGUCUCCAAGGUGCCGAACGACAACUACCUGGUGAUGGCCGAGCUGCGGAUCUACCAGAACGCCAACGAGGGCAAGUGGCUGACCACGAACAAAGAGUUCACCAUCACUGUCUACGCCAUUGGCACUGGAACUCUGGGCCAGCAUACCAUGGAGCCGUUGUCCUCGGUGAACACGACGGGGGACUAUGUGGGCUGGCUGGAACUGAAUGUGACCGAGGGCCUGCACGAGUGGCUGGUCAAGUCGAAGGAGAAUCACGGCAUCUAUAUUGGAGCACAUGCCGUCAACCGACCCGAUAGAGAGGUGAAGCUGGACGAUGUCGGACUGAUCCACCGCAAGGUGGACGACGAGUACCAGCCCUUCAUGAUCGGCUUCUUUCGCGGUCCAGAGCUGAUCAAGGCAACUGCCCACAGCAGUCACCACAGGUCUAAGCGCAGCGCCACACAUCCGCGCAAGCGCAAGAAGUCUGUGUCGAUGAACACCGUUCCCCUCCUCGACGCCCCCAUGGAGAACACGCGUAGCUGCCAGAUGCAAACGUUGUACAUCGACUUUAAGGACCUGGGCUGGCACGACUGGAUCAUCGCCCCCGAGGGCUAUGGGGCGUUCUACUGCAGCGGCGAGUGCAAUUUCCCACUCAAUGCUCACAUGAACGCGACGAAUCAUGCGAUAGUCCAGACGCUGGUGCACCUGCUGGAGCCCAAAAAGGUGCCAAAGCCUUGCUGCGCACCGACCAGGCUGGGAGCACUGCCAGUGCUGUACCACCUGAACGAUGAGAAUGUCAACCUGAAAAAGUAUAGAAACAUGAUUGUGAAAUCCUGCGGGUGCCAUUGAAUUCAAUUUACCACUUUAGGCUAAGCAAUAUAAAGCAUUUCUGUGUAGAUCUGUGUCCAUCUCUGUACUAAUCUCGAAUAUUUUUUAUACAAAAUAUACAUACAUAUACAGCGCUGUA